GCUUAAUGGUGCAGUAUUUGAUGAAGAUCACGAUGAGAUGGUGGUUGUUAAGGAUAUUGAAAUGUUUUCUAUGUGCGAACAUCACUUGGUGCCAUUUUAUGGUAAAGUUUCCAUUGGGUAUUUGCCAUGCAAUAAAAUUUUGGGCUUAAGCAAAUUGGCCAGAAUUGUGGAAAUAUUUUCAAGGCGCUUGCAAGUGCAGGAACGUUUAACCAAGCAAAUUGCAGUCGCCGUAACGCAAGCUGUACAACCGGCUGGUGUGGCUGUUGUUGUUGAAGGAGUACAUAUGUGUAUGGUUAUGCGCGGAGUACAAAAAAUCAACAGUAAAACUGUAACAUCUACGAUGUUAGGAGUAUUCAGAGAUGAUCCUAAAACCCGGGAAGAGUUCUUAAAUUUGGUUAAUAGCAAGUAAACUAAACAACAAAAAUUAUAGCAUAUUAAGCUUUAUUCAACAUGAUUAAAAACUACAUGAUUACAUUCCAAUAAAACUAUUUAUAAAAAAUAAAAAAUAUUUAAAGAAUUUAUACACUUAUAAGAGCAUUCAUACAUAUAUAAAACAUUAUUCAGCUUAAAAUAUUGAGAUUAUAAAGAGAAGAUAUCAAAAUAUUUGUUGUGAAAUGAAUUGUACUUAAAUGUAAAUUUGAUAUUAAAUAUUUUUGGAUAAACAUACAAUGUUAGUGAAGAUACAAUGCAAAAAUUGUUAUUUAGAACUAGGAAAAGUGUGAAAACUGUUAAAAGUAAUUUAUGGGUCCAAAUAAUUAUAAAA